UAAGAAGGCGGUUUCAAAGGUGGUCAGGCCUUUGGAAGGAUGGCACAGAAGGAUUGGUACCGGGUGCUGGGAGCCGAACCAUCGGACAGCCCUGCGGAGCUGAAAAGGAAGUACCAAAAACUCGCCUUAUUGUAUCACCCAGACAAGCAGGAGGCAGAUGUGCCGGCAGGAGAAGCGGAGCAGCGCGUGCAGCGGUUCAUCGAAGUCGAUCAGGCGUGGAAAAUUCUGGGGAACGAGGAGACAAAAAAAGAGUAUGACCUGCAGCGGCGUGCAGAUAACCUGACAAAAGAAUGGCCUCUUCAUGAACAAGUUUACCUCGAGGACAUGUCCUGGAAUGAAGAUGAACAGCUCUACACUCUGUCCUGUCGGUGUGGGGGGAGUUACAGUGUCUUCAAGAGUGAAACCAAAGACGUGUCUCUGGUUUGCUGUGACACCUGUUCGCUCGUUAUCGAGAUCCUUCAGUGACUGUUUAAAAGCAGCUCAUUAACUGUUACAAACUUUGCAAAAGACUGGACAAAUGAGUGGCAGCAUCUGCUGAAGAAACCCACAUUAAGAAAAGGUGGGGCACUACAAGAAC